GCGGAACACCGGCUAUAUCAUCUAUGCGGUAAUUACGCCGCGUUGCACGUUGCUAGUUAGUUGCAAUGUUGUAGCUAUUAGCACGAGAGCCAUUCCUUUGCUGGGAGGGAAAUCCACCAUUUAGUUUCUCAACCCUACUUCAUAACUUCUCAGCCGUUCACAGCCAAUUCAGCAGAGCUAACGGAAAUUACUGACCAGAAAUACCUGCUAGCUUGUUGUCUGGUCUUUCUCUUAGCCUGCUAGCCUAUCCAGCCAGCUUGCUAGCUAGCUAGCCGCUAGCAUUCUACCGCCUCCUCCCUCAGAGCGAACCGUCUCCGGCCCGGCUGGAAGACCAUGGCGAUGAGACAGACUCCGCUCACCUGCUCCGGUCACACCCGGCCUGUGGUUGACCUGGCCUUCAGUGGAAUCACUCCAUAUGGCUACUUCUUAAUCAGCGCCUGCAAAGAUGGCAAGCCCAUGUUGCGCCAGGGAGACACAGGGGACUGGAUUGGAACGUUUCUGGGUCACAAAGGUGCUGUCUGGGGAGCCACUCUGAACACAGACGCCACGAAAGCAGCCACCGCCGCCGCUGACUUCACGGCAAAGGUGUGGGAUGCAGUGAGUGGAGACGAGGUCCUCACACUGGCACACAAACACAUCGUGAAGACUGUCACCUUUACUCAGGACAGCAACUGUCUGCUGACUGGAGGAAAUGAUAAGCUGCUGCGCAUCUACGAUCUCAGCAACCCUGAAGCAGCACCACAGGAGAUCGCAGGUCACACCUCAGCCAUAAAGAAAGCUUUGUGGUGUAAUGACGACAAGCAGAUUCUCUCUGCUGCUGACGAUAAAACCAUACGGCUUUGGGACAGGAGCUCCAUGGAGGAGGUGAAAAUGCUGACGUUCGACACAUCUGUGAGCAGCAUGGAGUACAUGGCUGAUGGAGAGAUUCUUGUGAUUACAUAUGGAAAGACAAUCGCUUUCUACAAUGCUCUGAGCCUGGACCUGAUCAAGACUGUGGAGGCUCCAGCUCCCAUUAACUCGGCCUCCCUCCACCCAGAGAAGGACUUCUUUGUUGCCGGUGGAGAAGACUUCAAGCUCUACAAAUUUGACUAUAGCACUAAGGAAGAGCUGGAGUCCUAUAAGGGUCACUUUGGUCCAGUGCACUGUGUUCGCUUCAGUCCAGAUGGUGAGCUGUAUGCCAGCGGCUCUGAAGACGGCACCCUCCGACUGUGGCAGACGGCGGUGGGGAAAACCUACGGCUUGUGGAAGUGUGUCCUUCCUGAGGACCUGGGGGCAGAGAACUCUGAGCAGCUGUACACCUCAACCCCUGAGAUCAAAGCCUGAGGAGAGAGCAGUGCUGUCUGGAAACAGGAUGAGAAGUGGAAGAAGGAAAGGAGACGAGCGGAGAGGUGUUCCAGUGUGUUCUAUCAGGCCCCAGCAAGGAGCAGAGUCCAGAGCAUCUCCAUCCAUCAGGAACUGAUGUGGAUAUUAUGACUGCCCUGUCUGUCAUAGACCAACCAUGCCUCUCUCUCACAAAAACACACACACACAAACACACAUAUAUUCAUUUUACGCAGUCAAAUGGACAGUAUGGGUUGGAGAGUAAAGCAGUAGAGCUGUGAAUGUCUCUUGCUCAUCGCUGCCUGCUUUCUCUCUGAUAAGCCCAGUUCUGUCUGUUUCAACUUAUUUUAACUAAAUCCCCAAAACCAUAUGACUCUAAGAUCGGUCUUGGUUUCAAAAUUAAAGUAAUUAAUUAAUGGGCUGGACCAAGGCUUUUGUUUUUGGUUCAUAGUUACAAGAAUACUGGAGGUAGUUGCACAGUUUGUGCUGAAAAGUUGAGAAGCUUUCUUUUCUUCAGAAACCUUGCUUAUUAUUCGCUGCUGUUGUUCUGGUUGCGUAUAAAGUUUUGUGUCCAAAUAAAAGAAAAUAUUGUUUUGUGACAAAGUGGAAAGAGAAGAAAUGUCAUUGGUUUUUUUUUUCCAUUUUGGGUUCUGUCUUCAUUUGUGUCCAGUGAUGAAAUAAACAAAUGCAUUACUGUUUUAUUUGUAAGUAAUGCAUAAAGAGCAAA